UCGUAGUAGGAGCAGGCGCGGUGCAUGCUGGGCAGUGAUCAUGGUGGUGUACGGACAGGAAGGAGGCUGGGAAGCUGCCGGGAGCCCCAGAUCUCCGUAGAUCUGCUGGAGGACACCACCGGGGAUGGCUGCUCGGUGGUGAGGAGGAGCGGGUGACCGGGGAGGUGACACCGGGGCCGGGGCCGCCUGCUUUACCGUCUCCCUACCGCAUGCAGCACAGUGUACACUCCAGGUGAAGAUCACACAGGUCCUUGGCGAUCUCUGCUGAUACAUUGUAUCUUCUCCAGGAACCCCCCAAGAGGACACCCUGGGAGAUGGUGACAUAUGAAGUGUGGUGGAAGGACCAUGGUUGAGAGGACCAGCAAAUUCUUGCUGAUCUUGGCUGGCUCUGUGUGCUUCAUGCUGAUCCUGUACCAGUAUGUGGGGCCAGGGCUUAGUUUGGGACCUCAAGGCAGAUACUACCCAGAGGACCUAGACCUCUUCCCCACCCCGGACCCCCACUAUGUCAAGAAGUUCUUUUUCCCAGUCCGGGAUCUGGACCGCUCCUUGACCUUUGAUAUGAAAGGGGACGAUGUCAUUGUGUUCCUGCACAUCCAGAAAACCGGGGGCACCACUUUUGGGCGACACCUGGUGCAGAACGUGAGGUUGGAGGUGCCCUGCGACUGCAGACCCGGCCAGAAGAAGUGUACCUGCUACCGGCCCAACAGGAAGGAGACCUGGUUGUUUUCCCGAUUCUCCACUGGUUGGAGCUGUGGACUGCACGCCGACUGGACCGAGCUCACCAACUGCGUUCCGGGGGUACUGGACAAGAAGGAAACCUCCAUGAAAAACCGAAGGAAAUUUUACUACAUUACCUUGCUGAGAGAUCCCGUCUCGAGGUACCUUAGCGAGUGGAGACAUGUGCAACGAGGAGCCACCUGGAAGACUUCGCUUCACAUGUGCGACGGCAGGACACCGACACCAGAGGAGCUGCCAUCUUGCUAUGAAGGCACAGACUGGUCAGGGUGUACGUUGCAGGAGUUUAUGGAAUGUCCCUACAAUCUGGCCAACAAUCGCCAGGUUAGAAUGUUGGCGGACCUCAGUCUCGUAGGAUGCUACAACAUGUCCUUUAUUACCGAAAAGAAGCGAGCUCAGCUUCUUCUGGAAAGCGCCAAAAAGAACUUGAAGGACAUGGCCUUUUUCGGCCUCACGGAGUUCCAGAGAAAGACUCAGUAUCUCUUCGAGAGGACUUUUAAUCUGAAGUUCAUCAGACCUUUCAUGCAAUACAACAACACCCGGGCAGGUGGGGUUGACUUGGACAAUGGCACUAUCCAAAGGAUCGAGGAGCUGAAUGACCUAGACAUGCAGCUAUACGACUAUGCAAAGGACCUCUUCCAGCAGCGCUAUCAAUUCAAGAGGCAGGUGGAGCGAAUGGAGCAACGAAGGAAGAAUCGGGAAGAAAGACUUCUCCAACGGUCCAACGAGGCCUUUGCCAAGGAGGAGGCAGAGGACCAGGUCCGCUGGCCUACGGAAGACUACAUGAGCCAUAUAAUUGAGAAGUGGUAGCAGGGCAUGGACUUUUAUACUACUGGAGAAAAACCUUUUAGUCUCACAUUUGUUUAUUCUGUAUUGUAUAAAAAAUUACCGGAACAUUUACGAAAAAAGAACACUUUUUUUAAUUUAAUGUUUGUAGCACACGGCUCGGAAGCUUCGGUAAGCAUUCAUCCUUCUGUAGGAGAGUCUCUCUCUUAUUUUAAUGUAGUGAGAAUGUGACCGCACAAACGUCAACAAUGCUAUACGUUUCCAUUCACACUAGGGAGUCAUUAAAGCAUUGUUAACUGUUUUUUUUAUUUUUUUUUUAUUUUAUCUUGCUUCUCGAAUUCUCAAGGGCGACUAAUGAACUAAUAACAGUGGUAUGUUUAAUAACCGAAAACACAUUCUUGUUUUUAUAACCCUAAAGAAACCCACAUGUCGGCCAAAGACAACCAUUAGCGGUGAAGGGAAUUUCAUUGUAUGUGACUUUUUUUUUUUUUUCUUUUUAGAAAAGUUUUUGAAGGAAGACAUCCACUUAACCACUUAAAGGGGUACACCGGUGGAAAACAUUUUAUUUUAUUUUUAUUUUUUUAAAUAAACUGUUGCGAGAAAGUUAAACAGAUUUGUAAAUGACUUCUAUUAAAACAUCUUUACCCUUCCAGUACUUUUUAGCAGCUGUAUGCUACAGAGGAAAAUGUUUUUCUUUUUGAAUUUAUUUUUUUGUCUUGACCACACUGAUCUCUGCUGACACCUGAUGCCCGUAUCAAGAACUGUCCAGAGUAGCGUAGGUUUGCUAUGGGGAUUUUCUCCUGCUCUGGACAGUUCCUGAUACGGGCAUCAGGUGUCAGCAGAGAGCACUG